UCGCUUUUUAACACUAAAAAAUACAUAUGAGAUUCCGUUUUUAUGACCUCGAUUAUUUCGCAUUUUGGUUUUAUUAUGUCAAUUGAAAAGGUCUAAGCUUAGCUGUAUUUUAAGGUGGUCUGGGCUGAGAGCCGAGAGGGAGAGGGCAGUUUGGUCUGGAGUUACAGCGCAGGGUCUGGCUUGAAAUUGCUUUCUUGCGGGACUCAUUUUGACUUGUUCUUCAGCCCCCUCCCGACACGGGGUGACACUUUCUCUUUCUCUUUCUGUCUCUUCUCUUCUCUUCUCCAAUGUUCUCACGUCUCGUCUCCCUCCGUUUUUUCUGCGGUACAGGCCAAUAGUGAGGCUCCUUCAGCACCCGCGGCGCCCAAUAGGGUUGCACUUUGUUGUGCGGCCUGCCCCGGAGUCGGCCCUUUUCUCGUCGCGGGUGAUAGUGGGGCGGGUCGUGCGUGGCUGCUGUUACUUGACUGAAGUGUUUUUAUUUUACAAGACUACCCUGGACUUUGUAUCUGUGCUUUACACUCAUCGGCAUCGCAGCUUGAAAACAAUUCAGCAACGCCAAAGCGCCGAAAGAAAAGGAAAACAAAUAAGCGCUGGCUGUGGAGUGAAGUGUAACACAAAGCCUCGUUUUCUGUUGUGCGUUUUGCUUUUUCCAGCCGAGAGGCGCCGCUGCCCCUCGUACUGUUGAACACGAGUCGCUUGUCGGGCGAGCUCCUCGUUGUGUUGGGUUGUUACUGUAGUUGUCGGAAAUGUCGGAAUUCCUUGAAGACCCGUCGGUGUUGACGAAAGACAAGCUGAAAAGCGAGCUGCUGGCCAACAGCGUGACCCUGCCGUCCGGCGAGCACAGAAAGGAUGUUUACAUCCAGCUUUACCUGCAAAACCUCACGACCAGGAACACGGCUAUGAACAGGACCGCCCCGGAGGCUUUUUCCAGCGACGAGGAGCAGGCAGCCCCCGUGGCCAGCAGCAGGAACCGAUCGGGACGGAAAGCCACAAAGAAGACGGACAAGCCCCGGCCGGAGGACCUGGACGUGACGCAGCUGACCCCAGAGGAGCUAAAGGACGAGCUCAUGAAAUACGGGUUCCAGCCAGGACCCGUUGUGUCGUCCACCAGGAAGCUGUAUGAAAAGAAGCUGCAGAAGCUGCUGGAUGAGGGCCCCCUGGAGUCACAGCCAGCCCCUCCAGCACCGGCCCCUGCUGCAGACAACAACCAGAACGGCAACACAGACUCCGACCAGUACAGCGACAAGGAGCAAGAGGAGAUGCCCAAGCCAGUGCUGGAGAAGCGAGAGCCACUGAAGAGCAAAGCAAAGCCCCCGGCCAGCCUACGCACACGCCGGCUCGAGCAGAAGAGGUCUAUGUCUGUAUUGAGGAGUGUAGAGCAGGAGCAGGAGGAGGAGGCUGUCUCUGCAGUGGGGUUCCUCAAUGUGAAGAGAAGGAGCAGAGCAGUGCAGCAGGACCAGGCUGUGCCGGGCAGCGAUGACACUGACCUGUCUGAGCUCUCUGCACCCGAGAACCUAGCCAGGGAGAGUAGGGAUCCCGGAACCCCCAAACGAGGGGCCCAGAAAAGUCAAAAAGGCAAAGUCAGUGACUCCCCACGGUCCAACAGGAAGACCAGAGUAGAAGAGAUCCCAGAGCCCCUAGUAGUGAGACGAGUGCGUGAUGUCAGUAUGGGCUUUGGAUCCAAUAAGCUCCCCCAUAUUCAACCACAACCCAUCCAGCCCCCUAAUGAAAGCAGAGCCGGGACACCAAGGAAACUGAGCACACACAACAAAGAGAGUGAGGAGGAAGGUUGGCGUGACACCAUAGAGACCCCCCCUGCCAGGCAGACAAAGAUCCCUCGUCCUGCGCCUGUGGCCCUGCUGGACACUGCCCUGCUGGAGGAGGAUCUGCUGGAGCGGAUGACUGAAGAUGCCAAAGACACCCCCAAGCAGAAAAUCAGGCAGCAAAAAAUCUUUGCUUUCCUGAAACCGGUCAAACCCCAGGUGGAGGGACGGAUAGCAGGAGGGGACUACGUCGAGCAGACCCAGGAGAAAGACAUUCUUGAGGAGAUGUUUCCCAACCAAGUGGCAACGCCAACUGGAAUCAGCGCUACCUGUCGCAGGCCGAUCCGUGGUGCGGCGGGCCGCCCCCUGGACAGUAGUUCGUUCCGGCUGGACGACUCGCUGCUGCUCCUCUCCCAAACCAGCUACCGCUCCAACCUGAGGACAGAGUCCUUCAAACCAGCCAGCCCUGCUUUCACUGCAGCCAAGACCAACUCCAACUCUUCCACCUCUUCCUCUGCCAGCGGCUCUGCGCCAUCGCGCCGCUCCUUCCCCGUCUGGAUCCAGCUACUCCUGCUCUCCCUGGUCGCCGGCUUCCUCUUCUUCAUCUACCAGGCCAUGGAGACCAACCACAUGAACCCCUUCACCCAGGACGCCCCUGCUGCCUCUACUCCCCAGGUCCAGGACCAGUGAGACUGCUGUGCCCUGCUCAAUCCACUCCUCUCCCCAUCAUCCUUCUCUACAUACCAGAAGCUGGUUUAUCAUGAUUUCAUACUUUUUUUUUUCUUUCAGUGUUUUACAGCAUCUGAUUUAUUUUUAUUUUUCCAGCUAUGCUGUGAGUCAGUAGUCUGGUAACUGGUACCUCAGUAAUUUAACGGUGUAAGCACUCUUGUGGAAAUGGUCGGAAGCUUCCAGUGAGCACACAGAGAAGCUAGUGUGUAGCCCAGUGGCUAGAGACUGGAGGCCUCCCGGGUCAGAAUGGCAGUUCUGCAACUUAAUGAUUUACUGCGUCUCCAAUGAGACUGGAGGGAUGGAAAUGAGACUCCCAUUGCAUGGCAGUUGGAUCCAUUCUGGAUUUUACUAUUGGUCUAGUAACACCCCUGAGCUUGUUCCCUAUACACUGUGACUAAUCAAGCUCGUAUUAUAAUCUGGUAUGGGUGAAACUGCUUUGCAAUAGGACUCGUAUUUCCAUUCCUGAGCUUUUUCAUGGGGUUGUUCAAUGUGCCUCAUCCCAAACUGUGAAGUCAGAUAGAAACCGGUCCUAUGCACUGGAAACUGCCUAGUCAUCCUGGUCUUCUAAAUAUCUUUGAUUGGAUCAAGAAAGCUUUUUUGUACAAGCAGAGACCUGUUUUUCAAGGGGUAAAAUAAUGAGGGAGACAGUAAGUGAUCCUGUUCUUACAUUAUCACAUCAUAAAGAGGAGUAUCUUUACAAUCUGGAAGGGCUAAUCUAAUCUUUCAUUAAUGUUUUAUUCUCUUGGUCCAGUCUCGGAAAGUUACAACACUUUUCCCGUAAUUUCUAAAAUAAAAAAUAAAUGGCU